CUAAAUUUGUAAAAAGUUAUUUUUUGUUUUGUAGAGUCCUUUAGAUUCUACAAUAUUCAUUGUCAUUGGGCUGAGCUUUUAAUUAAAUAUUAAAUAAAAAAGUAGAAACAAACAUGGCGACGACCUUAGUAAACAAAUUUCUUCCCAACGUGAACUCAAAAUUAUGGUCUAGUUCUACUCUUAUAUCAGCCAACGGAUUAAAGAGUUUUAUUUGCAAUUUUCAAUGUAGACAUGCAUCUUUCAACCCCAGAGGUAGGUACUUCGGUAAAGUGGUAAAGCAAUGAAGACUACUUCAAAAUGUGUAUGAGUAUGGGCUAUGGCUAUGGGUAGAUACUUUGGUCAAAAAUGUAAACAUUUUUUAAAAAUAAACCAAUGGCACAGUUGAAUAGAGCUAAUUUUAAACAUAAUUAUAACACCAAAAUCAUAUUUUUAGCUGUUGUAGUUUUAAAGUUAUGAAUUUUUAAAGUACGACUUGGUUUGUCCUUUUUUAACAUAGACUGCAUCUCCACAUUCUGUGACCUCAUUCCACUGAUCGCGUCAUGGGCAAUGACUAUAUAGUUUAUAUAAGGCAAUGCAUUCCCUUAUCACUAAAAUACUGUUUAGGGUCGACUUAUUUUAAACUUUCAACUUUGGCACAUGAAUAAUUAAUAAAAGCUUUCCCUGACCAAUGGUUUAAUAGCUUUUGCACACGGCAAACUCUUAUGAAUGAAACUCUGAGAUAGUACUACAACGUAGCCGUUAUGCAAGUGGCUGUGAAUGGUUGCCAAUGACAACGUGUUGCACAGGGAAAAUUCUGAUCAUUUAUAAUAUGGACUCUGCAGGGUUUUUAAAGCUCAAAUUAAAACAUUUCCAGUUUAAAUGUCUUCAAAAUGCAUUCUGAAACACAAAAUAUAAAAUAUUUUGAUGUAUAUAGUGGUAAUAAUUAAAUAUUUCCUAAGUAUCGGCAACUUCCGCCAUUAAAAAGGGGGCGUGGCCCACGCCAUGUCGAAAUUAGGCUGAGCCACCUUAUGGUGAUAUGGGUCACUGUGACAAGUGUAACAAACGUGAGACACGACCUACAUCAAUGAAACUUGGCACAGAUAUAGAUCAAUAUCUAAUGCUCAUACAGAUUUAAUCAAAAAGGACCUUAUCUUAUUAUUUCACAAAAAAUUUUGUAUGCGAAGAUGCCUUAUAUAUACCAAAGAUUUUCAAAAUAAAGGUCGAUUGAAAAAAGCAAAAUAGCUGGCUAGAAAUGUAGGCCAAGAUGUCUUCCAAAUUAUAAGGCCGGAAACGGAACUCAAAUAUAUGUGGAAAGAACUAAUUUAAUAAUAAAUAGACACACACAUCGGAAAAUUAAAAACUCGGAUUUUUCGGCGCCGACGCCCAUUUCCGAUACAAAAAAAAUAGUAGUCUCCCUUCUUUCAUCGAAGUAUCUAGCUAUGGGCUAUGGGCAUGGGCCAUGGGCAUGUGAAAUUCAAAUGAUUUGAAAUAGGUGUCGGGCGAAGAAGUUUUGAAGUAAAUGAAUUAUGUAGGUACUUGGAUUUUUUUUAAAAUUUGUAAAAAUAAACCAAUGGCAUAAUCAUAAUGAAUAGAAAGCUCAUUUUUUAAAGAAUUAUAACACCAGAAUCUAAUUUCGGUAAAAGUGCAGUUCAGGUGCGUAUAUUAUUUCUGUUUGAAUCUCUUAUUUUCCCGUGUAAACUUAUGUUAAUUCUUUAUAAAAAGUAUUUUAAAAGUUAUAUACCAUCUUUUUAUUGGAAUACAAAAAAGUACAUUUUUAUGAAUCUUUCGUGUUUUACGGAGCCAUUGUGGUAAAUCAAGGAUAACUCUUCUGUCUUUAAAGAUACUUUAUAAAAGUUGCCCAAUUGGAUGAAUCUUGUUAAAAUAAAAGAUGUAUUUAUUUUAUAACUUUACUAUCAACGAUAACCGGAGUCGCCCGGGGCUGCAUUCAGAAAAAAACAUCUGCUACGUCCUUUUAGUUCACAUUGCUAUUAAAGGAAAUGUCAACAACACUAUAGUAAAAAUAAUAAUAAUUAAUUUGUCUCCUAUUAAAACAAUUAAAAUAACUUAUGUAAACCUUUCGUUUUUCCCGUUUUCCGAUGGCACCCGGAAAUGAGAUCCCAAUCCGGUGGGAUCCCGUUUCGGUGAGAUUCCGAUCCUGAUAGGAUUUUGAUCCUAGUGAGAUCCUGAUUUCGGUGGGAUCCCGAUCCAGUGGGUUACCGAUCCUGGCGGGAUACCGGUUACGGUGAGAUCCUGUUUCGGGUGAUAUGCAGAUCCCGGUAAUUAUGGGGAGCUCACACACUUGACAUACGAACCCAGCUUACAAGCCACACUGCAAUUGUUACGAGCGCCUUAGGAGAAAUUACAGUUGUAUUAACAUUAUUUGUUGCCACACAAGGUGCGCGUAUAAACCAAAUGCUGCACCAUUAAAAAUGCCCGUUGCAUCAACAAUUUUAGUUAUUGUUUCUUGGUCGUCCUGUCAUUUUAAACAAAAUGAUCCUACAACCAGCAAUACCGCAAAGCCAAAACGAGUCCGUCUUAUAAUAUAACAAAAAUAAUCACUAGCCCUCACUUUACUCAGUGCAAAUCAGUCACCAGUAAUAAGCGCAUUUGCAUACGAAAAAAGAGGAGGGGUGCUCAAAUUAGAGCUGACCAAUCACGGACAGCGUAUCAGCAGCCUUCAGGGUGAUCAGCUUCACACCAGGUCCAGGACAAUGAUGACGUGUGUGUCCACUGCUUAGUCAGUGAUCCACUUCUAAUCUCCCCCCGACUCGACUUCAAAAAGGACAACCCGUAUAUUCCGAGCUCUAUGAGAGGGGAAAAAAGAAAGUUGGUGGGGGGGGGGGGGGGCGCUUGUGCGUAAUGAAGAAUCUAGUAUUUCAUUCUUUUUUGUGAACAUGCUUAGUUUGAAAAUUUCGUUUAGCAUUACUAACUUAUAGCUGGCUAAAAAUCUGGCAUAGCGUAAAAAGAAAAAUACAAACAAAUGGGGGCCCUGUCACUUUGGUUGGGGGAUGUUUAAAGACUCUUUAGAAGUGAAAUAAAAAGAAAAGAUGCGAUUUAUAAUCUAGAAUUAGUUAACUAUAACUGCCUGGAUUUAAUUAUUAAAGAAUACACGUAAGUUUAAAUGGUUAAAAAAAAUUUUAAAUACGAAAUGCGCUAAGAAAUAAUAUACGCACCUGAACUGCACUUUUACCCUAAUUUCUAACUAUUGUUUUCUAUAGACUAUUGUAGUUUAACUUUUAAAGUUAGGAAUUUUUAAAGUUUGGGAUAGUUUUGAUUUUCCCAGCCCAAUGUUACUAAUAUAUUUUUUCUCCCCAUUUUGUGACACGUUUUUGGUAGUUUUUAGAAUAAGCUAUAACUCUGUAAAACAAUUACCACCCCUGUCCAUUCAGGUUAAUCCAUGCCAAUAUUCGGAAGGUUUCUUUCGCAUCGAUAAAAGUUGGUGUUUCUGAGAUCCCCUUGUGCAACACUGUUAGAGACUUGGCUUCUUCUAUACUGACAGUAAACUUACAAUUGUCCUUCAUAUCAGUUCUGUGGUCAGGGCUUGUUUCUGUCUACAUUGCGCUCUGGGUCAGCUGCAUCCUCAACUUAAUUAGAGAACAGUCAGUGCUGUAGCAGUCACUCUAAUCCAAUCAAGAUUAGAUUACUGUAACAUUUGUUUGUGGGGUUUACCUCAAAAACGAAAUUCCGAGACUACAUAAGGUACAAAAUACUGCAGCACAAAUUUUAUCCAGUAUAAAGAAAUCUGACCACAUCAACCCAGUUCUUAAAGAUCUCCACUGGCUUCCCGUGAGUGAGUGCAUUGUCCCAAAAUUCUGUUCCUGGCAUAUAGCUGUAUUGAAAGCUCUGCACCUGAAUAGCUUCAAAACCGAUUUCUAAACAUGUAUCCUUACAGAACCUGCGUUCUUCAACACAGUCCUUACUGAGAGUUCCCAGUGUGUAUUGACACAGAAAGAAGCCAUACGGUUUGCUCUUUUGACAUUAUUGCACCUAAGUUGUGGAACAGUUUGCCUCAAUCUUUGAGGGAAAUUGAAAGCCAUAGUCAAUUAAGAUAUUUUUAAGGAUUUUUUCUUUAAAUAGAUUUUUAGAUAUCAGAGCGCUGUGAGCAUGCUAAAAUAAUAAUAAUAAUAAUAAUUAGUGGUCUUAUAUAGCGCAGUACCCCAGCCUAGGGCUGGGCUCACCGCACUGUACAUAAAAAUACUAGCAAAAGAGACAUAAUCAUGACAUUAAAAUGAAAUACAUUUAUGAAAUAAAGAACAGCGUGUAACCAAAACAACAAAAACAAAUGGCUAUUUACCCACCCCACCCCAGAACUUUUACAUGGCAAACCAUGGACGGCUGCCAGUAGGAUCAUUUAUCGGUCAGAGGAGGGGAAUCAGUCAGGGUAGUAUAAUUUAAAGAGAUGUGUUUUGAGUGCAGUUUUGAAGGCCUGGGUGGUUGGUAUACUGCGGAUGUGUAGUGGCAAAGAAUUCCAUUGUUUGGGGGCGCAGAAAGACAAAAAUACUCAAUCAUCAUCAUCUGUCAAAACUUUAUGAAAAAGUCUCAAAUUUACAGGGAAGGUACAUUAUCAUUAUAUUUCUUUUAAAAAAACAAAUCAUGGUAUAUCACACCUGCUUUAAUUUUAGAAUUAAGUCAUGCCAUAGUUAUAAAUAGGCAUAAUUUCAAAUGGAACUAAUACUAUUAAUUGUUAGUGAUAUUAAUUUAUAUUUAAUUGUUUAAUACAGGGGUCUCCAAACUAUGGCCCGCGGACACCUUUUUGUUUACAGAAAAAAAUUACAGAAAUGUACGUGUAUCCUGCCAAGAUCAGACGCCACUUACGUGGACGUUAUGUUUUUAUUGAAUUAUAAUAGAGGUGCGCAGUAGUUCGUUAUGUUUUCUAACCGAUAAUUACUUUGCAAAACUUUAUUCGCUGUUUAGUUUUCUACUUUCAUUUACAGUCAAUGAAAUGAGAAUAUAUAACGCCAUCUAGUGGCGGGACUUUACCCGCCGUGUUGCAGACAUGGGUGAAAACAUUGUGACUCGAAUAGUGAAAAAUGCAAGCAAGUUUCGCCAAUUUUUAAUUGCAAUAGAUGAAUCGCUGGACAGCUGUUCCACCUCUUAACUGCUUGUGUUUGUUGCGGGUGUGUGGAUGAAGACAUGAACAUAACACAAGAGCUGGCUUCCGAAAUAGCAUGUACGGAACUAUUAAUGAUGAGUUGAAAAAAAAAUUUGCUGAUUUUAACUUGGACUGAACUAACCUCAGUUGCCUGACUGUUGACGGCGGAAAUAACAUGAGUGGCAUAAAGAAAGGCUUGGCUGGACAAGUGAAGCAGAUGUUUAAUGAGAAAAAAAUUCUGCAACCAAUGUUCAUGCACUGUAUUAUUCAGCAAAAAGCUUUGUUUGCUAAAUAUGUGGACAUUAGCAAUGUACUGAAUCCUGCGGUAAAGAGGGUUACAUUAAUAAGGUCACAUUGGCUCAACCAUAGUCAGUUUAGAGACCUGUUUAAAGAUACAGACACAGAAUCAGAAGAUUUACCAUAUUACACAGCAAUAAGAUGGCUAAGUUGUGAGAAAGUUCUGAGCAGGGUAUUUAAGUUAAGAAAGGAAAUAGGUGACUUCCUGGAAAGUAAAGGCAAGCCACAGCCAUUUGUGUCUGAUGAAGAGUGACCAGGGAAAUUGGUCUUUGCUGCAGACAUAACUAGUCAUUUAAAUUUUCUGAACCUAAAACUACAAGGAGAAGAAAAUCUGGCUUCUGAUUUAUACACCCACCUAAAGGUCUUCAGAUCCAAAUUCGUCUUGUUUUUUUUGGAACAAGUACAGGCCAACAACUUGACACACUUUCAGCAGUGCAAGGUCUUCAUGGCUAAAGCAACAACAGAGUUCACCAUGUCAUUUGCAUGCGAGAUCAUCAAAGACCCCUAGCUGCAGUUUCAGCAGCGGUUUUCUGACUUGGAUUUAAAGGCAGAAGAAGUGAGACUUUUUCAAAACCCAUCUGAAGCAGAUGUGGCCAGUCGCCCAGAUGAACUGCAGCUGGAGGUCAUUGAGUUGCAAGCAAACGACCUCCUUAGGGACAAGUUAAAAGAAGGACCGGUGGGUUUUUAACUAGUUUUCGCCCAAGGAAGACUUUCCUAAUUUCAAAACAUUUGCAUCAAUGUACCUUUUAAACUUUGGAACAACAUGCCUGUGUGGACAACAUGCCUGUGUGAACAACAUACCUGUGUGAACAACAUACCUGUGUGAACAACAUGCCUGUGUGAACAAACAUUUUCAAGAACGAAAUACGUGAAGGACAAUUUGAUAACAAAUUUUUCCGAUGAUAAUCUCAGGUCACUGUUGAUGUUAGGGACAUCAAAUCUAAAUCCAGAAAUGUCUGCUAAUCACUGCUAUUUUGGUAUCCAGGAAAAAAUUUCACAAUUCCCACUAAUACAGAUGUUCAUGUGUCGUGUAUCAACAGACCUGUUUACUCUUACGAUUUUGGCGUAAAAUGUACGAUUUUGAGGUGUAUACAUUAUAUAUACUGUAUGUUAUGUUUAUUUUUUAAUAACAAGAUACUUUAUUGAAGGAUUUUGUGAUAUAUUGUACAAUUUCAAGAGUUUGGGGAUAAACAGGUCUGUAUCAAUGUGUUAUUAAAUAAAUACUGAAUGAAAUAAUAAUACAUAAAUAAUUAAAAACAACAUCCAUGUUUUGAUUAUUUUUUAUUUGGAUCUUGAGUGUGUAUUCGGCCCCCAAACUGCUGUUGAUAGUUAAUGCGGCCCUCGGGCUGAAAAGUUUGGAGACCCCUGGUUUAAUAGAAAUUCAAAGAACACUUACUGACACUGCAGCUCUUGCUAAGAAUUACACAAGCAAAUUUUUAAUUAUGAUUUUAACUGCAAUUUUCUCAGAGUAGUUACUACCAUACAACGUUGUCACUGGUAAUAAAUAUUUCAAUGAUUCCCAUAAUAGCUAUGUUACUUAGAUACUGGUCAAUGAUGAAUCGUGCCCAGAUUCUAUAGUUAGAUGCCAUAAUGAUCCUACAUUGAAGGAAAAAGUCAUUUUGAAUAGACCAAUAGGAUUUAUGCAUCCUUUUGACCUAUUUUGUUCAAAUCAGUUUACAUGGAACAUGUCAUAGUAAGCUGGGCUCUUCCACAUUAAACACCCCAAAAAAAAUAAUUCAUAAACUAGAUGGAAACGCUCAAUCCAUGAUUGGCAAGGAACUCAGAUAAUGCUAACCCAAGUGCCGCAUGUUUCCUGGAUUUACUUUCUUGAACUUGACCAAAAGUCUACGGCUAUUUUUGUGUUGACAGUCAAUUCUUAAUCCCAUGCCAAGUUGGCCGCUGUCUUCUGCCGUCAUGGUUUAAUGUUUUAUUUUACAAUGGGAGUGGGUUUUGAGAGGAAACUUUGAGUUGACAAGCAGCGGGCACAAGGGGGGCACAUGUGGGUAAGAGUGUAGUGGUUGUUGCCAAGGGGUGGCCGGAUAGAGGAUUGGGGCGAAGGGGACUGUAGUUCAUUCCGAUUUAACCAGAUUAAAUAUUAAUGGCAUAGAAAAGAACUUGACCAUUACUAAUGUAAGACAAUAACAAUAAUUAUUUUUUGGUGGUAUCAAAUUUUAGAAUUAAAAUGUUAAUUUUUGUAUGCUUUCAGAAUUGAAGAAAUUUUACAAAAAUGCUUCUAUUGCAACAGCAGAUGGUAAGAAAUUUUCAAGAUUUUGUUUACUUGUUGUGUAUUUAUGGAGUAGAGAAUAAGAGCAACAUUUUCUUAUGAUACUUUCUUAUUCACUGAACAAGAAGUGAUGUCAUUAUUUAAACAAGUGGAUGCAGCCAAGGCCUCGGGGCCAGACAAAUUAAGUGGUCAGCCCAUUAAACUAUGCUCAGAGCAGCUCUCCUAAAUUUUUGUUACAUAUUUAAUAAAUCUUAUGUAACUCUUGCAAUACCAAAAAUUUGGAAAACUUCAGAAAUCAUAUCAAUUCCAAAGAAAAAUAAGGUAACGUGCAACGACUUACAUCUUGUCGCACGUACCUCUAUUGCAAUGAAAAGUUUUGAGAAACUUAUUCUGAGGCAAAUUUUGAAUGAAGUAUACCAAAAACUUGACCCCCACCAAUUUGCUUACAAACCUGCCAGAUGCACAUAGGAUGCUAUCUUACUAUUGUCGGAGAGACUUUACCGUCACCUAGACAACCCUAAAAAAUAUACCAGAGUGCUUUUCCUAGACGUCUCAUCAGCAUUUAACACUAUCCAACCACACCUUAUAAUAAAGAAACCCCUGGUUAGUUGUAAAUUUAAAUAUUCAUGCUUGCAUACUGAACUUUUUAACAAAUCGCCAACAAUAUGUCAAGGUAAAUGACCAAUGAUCUUUAACCAGAGAAAAAAGCAAAGGGGUGCCACAAGGCUGCGUUUUCUCCCCUGUACAGUAUACAAUAUACACCAACGUUAUUCAGAGCUUAGCGACACCUUUCCAAUCAUAAAAUUUGCUGAUGAUACGACCAUGGUUGGCUUAAUAUCUGAGGCAGAAGGUUUAUACCGCAACUUAGUUACAAGCUUUAUCAAUUGGUGUGAUUAAAAUUUUCUCCACCUUAGUGUCUCAAAAACAAAGGAAAUGGCUGUUGAUUUCAGGAGGGGGAAAAACCAGAUUACAGAUCUCAACAUAAAAAGUGUAGAGAAAGUAGAGGCAUAUAAAACCUAAGUGUCACCCUUUAAUAAUAAGCUAACAUGGCAUGAGCACGGCCUAAUUCCGUAUAAAAAAUUCAACCAAAGUCUCUUCUGCCUCAAAAAAGCUGUACGAUUUCAGCAUAAGCAAACAAGUCGUUAACUUAUUCUACAGUGCAACAAUUGGAAGCCUACUAAAUUUCAAUAUUACCUGCUGGUGUGGGAAUUCAUCAUCUGAUAUUAUAUAUAUAUCAGCAUCCUUCCGUCUCGUGAGAAGAUGGUGCAUCACAGUUUGGUUGGGUUGCAUUUUCUCGAGUGGCUGUGCAGUCCUAUCCUUGAGUGACAGUCUUUACCACAGUUUUUACACACGAGUUCCGUGCUUCUAAAUGUUUUGGCCUUUCUCCUAGCUCUUCUGUCUGCAGCCUCUUCCAUUCUUCGCUCCUCGGCUACCAUGACGCCCUCUUUGACAACUGUGCGCCACGUAGAUCGGUCUUUUGCCUUACACUCCCAGUCACUUGUAUGUAUUUUGGCUGCUUUCAUGUCUCUUUGACAGACAUCUUUAAAUCGCAGACGUGAGCAACCUGUUUUCCUCUUUCCCAAAGCAAGUUCACCAUAUAGGAGGUCUUUCGGAAUGCGGCCGGGACUCAUUCUUUUAACAUGACCUAGCCAUCUCAGGCGUCUUUCACUAAGGAUUGUGAACAUGCUUUGGAUAUUCGCAUGCAUUAGGACCUCACUAUUAGUCACUUUUUCUUGCCAUUUAAUACCAAGGAUGCGACGCAGGCAUCUCAUAUGGAAGCUAUUAAGCUUGCGCUCUUGGGAUGUAUAGGUGGUCCAUGUCUCGCUCCCGUAUAGUAGUGUACUGAUGACACAAGCUCGAUAGACGCACAGUUUGAUAUUAAACACCGAAUAACACACUAAUCCAGAAAACUAGGAACAUAACACAAACUAAACAUCCUUCACUUGAAGAACUAAUUAAAGGAUGAUGUUAUUGUAAAACUAAUCACAUUUUUGAUGAUACAUCACACCCUGUUCAUCACAGAUAUUUAGGAUUGGCCCGUUACGGACUAAUUCUUUCACUCAGGGCUAGGACUGAAAGAUAUAAAAAUUAUUUUGGGCCCCAAUCUGGACGAAUUUACCAGCAUGCUCCCCCUGAAGUCACACAUCUUAAUAAGAACUAAUAAGUCCCUGAUAUGGCUAAGAGAAUUCACUGAAUGGCUGUUUUUUUCACCAGUGAAAUAAUUUAAUGUAGAUGUCUUGUGUUCAAAUUGUUUUAUUUAUGUGCUGAAAAUGUACAAUGCAAUAUAAAAAAAAAACAGUUCCAUUUGUUUGUAUCAAUUACAGAAUCUUAUCUUGUCUUAUUUAGUAAAAAAGAUAUAAUAGCUCCUAAUUGACAGUGAACUACUGUGUAUGGCGUCAUCACUAUUGGAGGCAGUAAUUCAAAUGAUACAUAAAUGCUACUGAACAAGGGCUGUGGAAUUACAAAAGUUGCUGGCUUACAAAAGUUGCUGAGCAAUGUUCGUCAUGCAGACCUGACAUUUUCCAAAAUAAUUAAGAAAAAGAAUAGAAUAAAGACACAAACAAUGGUAUACUUGUUACUGUUAGUUUAAUAUUAAUUGAAAGACAGAGUACAAAUAUGUCAGUUAAAAAAAUGCAAAAAUUGAAUGAAUAUUAUAAGUACAAUUUUACCUCUCGGCAAAACUAACUUUUGUACCUUGUUAAAAAUAUUUGGCUUUUUUGAGGUAGAUUUGGAUGUGACUUAUUCUUGUAAUAUGUAUAAACCUAUUAAAAUUGUAUGGCCUCAUUUCUGCAUUGAUGACUUUGUCAAUGGAAGUGACAGGAAACAUACAUACCAUAAAUCCUUAAAUUGAAUGAUAGCGAUGCUGGAACAUCCUGGUCAUCUUUAUAUGUUCUUCCAGAAUAUAUGUAAAAUUUUAAAAUAAUAUUUUAAACAUUACUACUUACUUCGUUGUAAAUUAUAUGGUAGAAUUAUUGUAAAAUUUAAAAUUUAUGAUACUUUUUAGCUUUGAUAUGUCAUUCCUAGGCUGGUACGAAAUAAAUCUUGACAAAAGAAAAUUGCGGACGCCAUUAGGUAAUGUCUUCAAAGUUCCAAGUGAGCCCUUAGCGUUGGCUGUAGCUACUGAAUGGAAUUCUCAAGAAUCUGUUGUUAACAGAAAUACCAUGCAUUUGGUGAGAACUGCUUCUUUCUUUGUGCUUGCAUUUGGGGAUCUUUGUUUUAAUUUAUACAUAUGUUACAAAUAUGACUUAAUAUGGGUAAUCCUGCACGUGGUAGGAUUAAGACAAAACAUUUUAUGAGUAUGGAAAUCUACCAACUACGGUGGGUGGGAUGGUAACACACACAGUAAUAUAGUUAUAGUCAUGAGUGGAACAAAAUGUCUUUUUUUUUUUUUACAUCUUGUACUAAUUUCCCUACAAAUGAUCUUGUUCUUGCUUGCUCAGCACAUUGUUGUUCGCUUGCUUUAACCAACCCACAUUUUCAGACUGUGCUUUGUAACACGGCACUUGAAAACCCAAUGCAUAAAACCCGAGAGCAGCUCUCAGAGAGCAUUGUUCACUUUUUGGAGACUGAUACAGUUUGGUAAAUAUCUGCAAUUACUUACCCUUAUAAAUUAAAAAAAAUAAAUAAAUAAUUUCUCCCAUUUAUAAAAAACUAUUUACUGUUGAAAAUUAUUCAAUUUUUAAAAAUUGUUACGGUUAUAAAGAUGCAAUGAUUUUAAGAAAUGUACAAAUUUCAAAUUAAAAAAUUUAAUGGUGCUAAUUUUGGCCAAAAACAAAUAUUUUGUUACCAUUUAUCAGAUAUUAAAGCUAAAAUAUGUAUCCAGUUAAUUAAUUAUAAAAAAUUAGAUUCUUUAGCUUGAUGUUCUUUUUAAAAAACUAUUUAAAUAUUGGACACUUAUUACAUAAGCUUCAGUCUUACAGGACACUAUUUAGUCAUGGAUGAUAUGUAGGAGCUCUGACUGCACUAAAUCAACAUUCUAUUAUUAAAAAUGAAGACACAAUAUGUAACUCUCUUUACUUUAACAUUAAUAAAUAAGUAAGAUUAUUUUAACUCUUCAUCACAUUACCUCAUCAAUAUUCCCUUUACUUAUUUUGAAACACAGAAGAAGUCAUAAAUUGCUACAAUAAACUGAGAGAUUACUUGUUUUGCUUUUACUGUCCGUUGGAUAUCAUUGCAAAGUCACACUAACUUGCACUGGAAAGUCUUACUUUUAUUUUUUAACAGUUACAGACUAACAGAGCCACCAGAACUUGCUAAACUGGAAAGUGAAAAGUGGGAUCCAAUAUUAGAAUGGGCUGCAAACAGGUAAACAUUGUCAUAUGAUGUGGCCUAUGAUAGAACAUAUGAUGUGGCCUAUGAUGUGGUGUAUGAUGUGGCCUAUGAUGUGGCCUAUAAUAUGACAUAUGAUGUGGCCUAUGAUGUGGCUUGUGAUAUAGCAUUUGAUGUGGUAUAUGAUGUUGCCUAUGAUGUGGCCCAUGAUGUUGACUAUAAUGUUGCCUACCUAUGAUUUGGCCCAUGAUUUUGUCUAUGAUGUUGCCCAUGAUGUGGCCUUUGAUUUGGUAUAUGAUGUUGCCUAUGAUGUGGCCUUUGAUGUUGCCUAUGAUGUGGCCAUGAUAUGAUGUGACUUGUGAUAUAGCAUUUGAUGUGGUAUAUGAUGUUGCCUAUGAUGUGGCCCAUGAUGUUGACUAUAAUGUUGCCUACCUAUGAUUUGGCCAAUGAUGUGGUCUAUGAUAUGGCCUAUGAUGUUGCCCUUGAUGUGGCCUUUGAUUUGGUAUAUGAUGUUGCCUUUGAUGUGGCCCAUGAUGUGGCCUAUGAUGUUGCCUAUGAUGUGGCCUUUGAUGUGGCCUAUGAUGUUGCCCAUGAUGUUGCCUAUGAUGUGGCUUGUGAUAUAGCAUUUGAUGGGGUAUAUGAUGUUGCCUAUGAUGUGGCCCAUGAUGUUGACUAUAAUGUUGCCUACCUAUGAUUUGGCCCAUGAUGUGGUCUAUGAUAUGGCCUAUGAUGUGGCCUAUGAUGUUGCCCAUGAUGUGGCCUUUGAUUUGGUAUAUGAUGUUGCCUAUGAUGUGGCCCAUGAUGCGUCCUAUGAUGUUUCCCAUGAUGUUGCGUAUGAUGUGGCCCAUGAUGUGGCCUAUGUUGUGGCCCAUGACGUUGGCUUAUGAUGUUGACUAUAAUGUUGCCCAUGAUAUGGCCUUUGAUGUGGUAUAUGAUGUUGCCUAUGAUGUGGUAUAUGAUGUUGAAUAUGAUGUGGGCUAUAAUAUGACAUAUGAUGUGGCCUGUGAUAUAGCAUAUGAUGUGGUAUAUGAUGUUGCCUAUGAUGUGGCCCAUGAUAUGAUGUGGCCCAUGAUGUGGCCUAUGAUGUUUAAGCUAAAGUGAUUUAGAUUUUAGUUUUCAAUUUUAAUUUUCAUGUGAUUUAAUGUUACACAAACUCAAUAAAAUGUAGUUUUAACUUGAUCCAAUGUUUUGAAUUGUUCCCCAGAAAUAUGAAACUCUCUACCCAAUGAAACCAGCUUUCAGCCUUAUUGAAUAUUUUGAAUCCACAGGGGACUUAAUUGUGGGGACUCAUUGUUGCUCUGCCUGGUUUUUACUGCCAUGGUUAAUGGUAUUAAUAUCAUUUCUCAAGUAGCAUGUGACUUUUUUUUCAUUUUAAUGAUAUAUUGAAACACUUUAUCAUUUAUCCAGGUAUGGGUUAGAGAUUACCCCAACAACUAGUAUUUCACCACCGCUUGUCAGCACAGAAUCUAAAGUUAUAAUUCGCAGACAUUUACUGUCAUAUAGCGAUUGGGCACUUUUUGGCAAGUUCCUUCAAUAACAUAAUAAUAGCAUAUUUAAGUUAGCAUAGAUUUAUAAUAAAAUAAAUUAUGAUAAAUUAUACUUUUAAACUGAAAAUGUUUUUAUUAUUCAAUGUUGUCAUUUUUUGUACAACCCCAAGAUUAUUUACAUUUAUAAAAUUCCUUCUUUUCUCUCUCUCUCUCUCUCUCUGCUAUAGUACUUGGUAUAUCUGUAUAAUGUAAACUAUCUUUUAUUUGUACCCACAUUAAUAUUCAUUUAAGACUUUUUGAAAUUUUCCUUUAAUGAAUAAUACUAGAAUCUCUGAAAUUAGCAAAAUGGUCUUUAAUAAUCUGUCUGACUUCUUGUUGGUCAGGUUAUCACUAUGCUGUUGAUAGUAUCAAGUCAUUACUCAUAGUCAUGGCUUUAGUUGACAAGCACAUCAGUGUGGAGAAGGCUGUGGAACUAGCAAGACUGGAACAAUUUUUUCAGGUCAUUAUUUGUUUUUCAAAUUAAGUUUUAAUACUUUGGCAUUUGAAUGCGUUAAGAAUUGUAAAUAGGAAACUGCUUGCACUUCAAAAUGGGUAUCACCAACAGCCAAAUAAUCUUUUUAAUUUGCAUCAAGCGAAAGUUUCUUUCCAAUAAACAUUUGGUUUACAACUGUUGAUAAAGUUUACAGGAACAUUUAAAUUUCAAUCAAGUUGAGUUUCCAAUGAAAUAAAUUAUGUACCGUAUUAUGUAUUUAUGAAGAAUGGUUUCAUAUUCAACAAAUGUGAGUUUCAACUCAUUAUGAAGGUCACUAUUUCAGACAAACCAUUGGGGUACCGUGGAAUGGUAUCAUAACAUGGAACAGUACGAACUUCAGUCUCGGCUUGCGGCUGCUGCUUUAUUUGUUCACUGGUGCAGUGAGAGUUCCACAAUCAAACAGAAAGCUUCAAUAUAUCCCGUCUGAUGUAAACAAAUGUUGAUGUAUGUUAAUAAAAUUUGACAACCCUAAGC